UGAACCUCUGGGGCUAGAUAAGAAAGUAGUAAAUAGAGAAUGCAAGUUUUAUAGGUCACAAACCGCCCACUGCAACAUGGCUACUACCAGUGACACCACUCCUUCUAAAAGAUAUGGCUCAGUUAUCAAGCUGAAGCCUGAGUGUUAUGCCAAAUAUAAGGAACUUCAUGCCAAAGUCUGGCCUGAGGUACUGGACAGGCUGACUAAGAGCAAUAUUCGAAAUUACUCCAUUUAUUAUCACAAGGAGACUGGUCUCCUCUUUGCUUACCUGGAGUAUAUUGGAAAAAACUUUGAGGCAGACUGGCAAGCCAUUGCAGAUGACCCCAAGACAAAGGAAUGGUGGAAGAUAAAUUGUCCCCUUCAGGAGCCUUUCAAUUGGACAGAUCCCAAGCCACUGUAUGAGGGGGGUAAGGGGGACUGGUUCACACCAAUGGAGGAAUUGUUCCACGAUGGCCACUCUGCAGUAAAAUUCCUAUAAAUUGGAUCAUGCCUGCAUUUAUUAUCACUUAUAAAUACAAAAUUUAUAAACUGACCCAAACCUUCAAGACAUUUUCAUCUUUGGUCACACUGUUUUUAGUAUCUCAG